AUGGGUUGCGGUGCAAGCAUAGAAAGUGAUUCUGAUGAUCCAUACUACCAACUUAAAAAGCUUGACAAACAAAUUGAAAGAAAUCUUCUAUUAGAAAAGAAAAACAGCAAAAAUCCAAUCAGGUUGCUUUUGCUUGGUGCUGGGGAAAGUGGUAAAUCUACUGUACUAAAACAAAUGAAAAUUCUUCACCAUAUUGGCUUUACCAAUGAAGAUAGAACCCUAUAUAAAACUGUCAUUUGGAGUGAUGCAAUAGCUUCUUUUCAGUUACUAAUUUUACAAGCAAGAGAGAAAAAAAUAGAUUUGGAUUGUGAUAAGUUUGAAAAUAGAGAAUUAUUCAACUAUAAAAAAAUUAUAUUUAGAGCUUCAAGUUCUAUUAAAAAAAACUCGGAUCCUAAUUUCAAUUUCCUAAAUCAAUAUUUGGAGAAAUAUAGUGAAACAUCAAAACUCAAAAGAAUGGAAGAAAGUACUGGUACUCCUGAUACAAUUUGGGAUGAAACUUCCCCUGAUCAAAACCUCAAAAAUGAUCAAAAUUUCUAUAACUAUACUGAUGAAAACUAUAACAAUUCAAACAUUAACGAAUUCAAUCAAGCUUUAAAUGAAGACAAUAUGAUCAACCUCAAAAUCAGUGGUUUCCGAAAGGAUGCUGGAACUCGAAGAAAAAAUUACAUACCUGAUCCAACGAAAUCUGAAAUAGCUCAUGCAAUUAAAUCUUUAUGGAAUAAUGAUUCAGGUAUUAAAAAAAUUUAUGCAAGAAGAAAUGAAUAUACUAUUGACAGUAACAUUGAUUAUAUUUUUAAUAAAAUAGAAUGUUUUUCCAAUGAUGAUUAUGUUUGCACUGAUCAGGAUAUUCUUAAUGCUCGUAUUAAAACAACUGGUGUCACUGAGACACAUUUUCAAAUAAAAGGCUCCGAUUUCACUGUUAUUGAUGUUGGUGGACAAAGAUCUGAAAGAAAAAAAUGGUUGAGCUGUUUUAAAGAUAUUACCGCAGUAAUUUUUGUGCUAGCUAUUUCCGAAUAUGACGAAAAGUUAUUUGAGGAUAAUAAUGUUAAUAGGAUAGUUGAAAGCGUUUUGUUAUUCAAAAGUAUAGUCAACAGUAAAUGGUUCAACGAAACUCCAAUCAUCGUUUUCCUCAAUAAAACAGAUUUGUUUAGGGUUAAAAUUCAAACCAAUCCACUAAAUAGAUAUUUGCCAGGAUAUACUGGUGAAAGUGGCAAUGCUGAAGAUGGUAUUCAAUAUUUCGAAAAUACUUUAAAGUCAUUAAAUCAAACAUCAAGAGAGUUAUAUUUCAAUGAAACCUGUGCAACAGACACCCGUCAAAUGAAUUUCAUUUUGAAUGCAGUUACAGAUAUAGUGAUUCAAAAAAAUUUAAAGGCAGUGGGCUUAAUUUGA